CGAUCAUAAUUUUUCUCCGUUACGAUCAUAAAAAGCGUCUCAUAGAAGCAAACUCACUGACACACUCCCUUAAUGCAAUUCAAUAUCGUGAACCUUUUCACUAAACGAGUCAGCCAAUUACGAUGACUCGGUCAUCAUCAAACGCACCAGGAGUGAGUUCAUCUCCAAGUAAACGAUUCAGCAUGUUUGAGUUUAACGACGACGACGCAAGCGUCGAAAAGGCGUCCAAGAAGCUCCUCCGUAGAUUUGCCAACCCUACUAAGAAAACUCAUCAGUCCUCGCACUCUUCUCCGGUCAGCAAAUACAACUUUCUCGAGUGCUUUGCAGGAUCAACUAAGGUUCAAGAAAUGGAUAGUAGGAAUGAACCAAUUGUUCUUGAUGAUGGACCGGAUGAUGUUGAUUCUGAAAAAUGGACUAAGGCGGAAUGCAAUGAAAUUAGAGAGGAAGUAGUAGAUGUUGAUGGUAAUGCUGCAGGUUGUCCUGACACUGUUUCUUCACCUAUGUGUGAGCCACUAAAAGAUAGUGCUGUCAAGGAGAUGUGUAAUUGGGAUGUUCCCGGGAUGUCUUGUUCUUCAAAUUAUGAGAAUGAUUCAAGGGGUAUGGUUUUAGAUGAUAAUGAUGAAAGUGGAUCGAGCUCUCCGUCAACAUCCAAUUUUACACUUGAAGAGAAUGAAGUUGCAUCAACAGAUCCAGAACCAGAGUGCUGCUCUGUUGGACAUAAAAUUGACAGCUCAAAUAAUACAGUUGCUGUUUACCCUGAUUUUAUCCAAUAUGGGGAUAUAUACUGCACCGAACCUUGCCUAACUUUCUCAACCAGCUGUAUCAGUGUUGAAAGUUCAACUGUAAAUGGGUCCAAGGGGAAAAUUAAUGCUGAAUGGGCCCUUGGUGAUAUUGUUAGUAUUGAGUCCGAAUGGUGGGGAAAGGUUGACACUGCUACAGUUAAACUUCAUCUCAAGUCAAAUGCAACUUCAGGCAUUGACGAGUUGAAGUUUUCAGUUUAUGAUCCUUACUGGUCUAAAGGAGAAAAUGCAAUUAAAUUAUUGGAUGUCAAAUAUAGAGAUAUCUGGAAUGCUAUUUUAGACACUGAUAAGGAAAAGGAUGGAAAGGCUUGUACAGGAUGCAACAAUGUGGCCAUCCCAAAGCCUUGUCUUCAUAUUCUUGAUGAAACCUUUGAAGAGGUUAUUUAUCCAGAAGGGGAUACGGAUCCUGUUACAAUUACUAAGAGGGAUGUUGAGCUUCUGCGACCAGAGACAUUUAUAAACGAUACCAUCAUUGACUUCUAUAUAAAAUAUUUAAGGAAUAAAAUUAAACCAGAGGACCAGCAUAGGUUUCACUUUUUCAACAGUUUUUUCUUUCGGAAGCUUGCUGAUCUAGACAAGGAUCCAUCUAGUGUCCACGAGGGCAGGGCUGCAUUUCAACGUGUUCGCAAAUGGACUAAAAAAUUAAAUCUGUUUGAGAAGGACUUCAUUUUCAUUCCUGUAAAUUAUAGCCUCCACUGGAGUUUAAUAGUAAUUUGCCAUCUGGGUGAAAUGGGUUAUUCCAGAGAUGAAGUAAGUGAAAGUGCACUCAAAGUACCAUGCAUCUUGCACAUGGAUUCUAUUAGAGGUAGCCACAGGGGCCUAAAGAAUCUAAUUCAGAGUUAUCUGUGUGAAGAGUGGAAAGCGAGACAUAGUGAGAUUUUGGAGGAUGUUUCUUCAAAGUUCUCGAGUUUACGGUUUGUUCCACUUGAGUUACCACAGCAGGAAAAUUGGUUCGACUGUGGUCUUUUCUUGCUCCAUUAUGUGGAACUAUUUCUCGAGGAUGGUCCUAUAAACAUCAGCCCUUUUAAGAUAACGGAAUCCUCAAAUUUUCUUAAUAGGAAUUGGUUUAUACCUCAUGAGGCUUCUCUGAAACGAAAACACAUCCAGAAGUUGAUUAGCGAAAUUCUUGAAGAUCGAGCUAAGAAAGUUCCUCGAGUGGAAUGUUCUGUUGAACAUCCUUGUUCUCAACUUUUCGAGAAAGUUGGAAUGGAAACUGGAAUGCAAUUUCUUGAGGAGACCUGCAGUUCAGUGAAAAUGUAUGGACGCAAUUCUUUUAGUUCAUAUACUGAACUGGGACUGGAGAUUUCACCUCCACUGGUAUCGUCUCAGAGACUGGUGCAGCAAGAAAUUGAAAAUUCGGGAUUGGAUUCCCCGGAGAUGUUCAAUCCAGGGUCUAGUAAGAAAUCUUUCUCCCGUGGAAAUUACUCACUCAUGGAUGCUCGUCGAUUAAGUUAUAUGUCGCCAAUAGAGGAGGCAGAGGAUAUAGUUGAAGAAAUCUUGGAUUCAUCUUCAGACUCUGAUUAUUAUCGUCAGAAUGCAGAGACAAAAACAGAAUAUACAACAAAAUGUUUUGGUAGAGAUUUCAGGUCUUCUCCACAGUCUGAGGAAAUGUACGAUGAUGACGUCUCCGAUGAUGACUCAUCCUGGGUAAGAUCUAGCUGCGAGUCUCAGAAAUCAUCGGAAAUAGGAUUAGAUGACGGAUUUCAUGAACUUGGUCAUCCAAAAGAAGAAAGCAGACAUGAUGAGCUUUCAGCUCCAUUUGACGACCUUGAAACUCUCAUUGUUGACGACUCUCAAGAAGCUGACCAUGUGCAAAACGGAAAUGACGAAGAGUUUAGCCCGAUGGAUGAGAUAGUCAGAAAAGAUACUGUUCCGAUGAUCAAUGAGAAUUUGAUGUCGGAAUCAGGUGAACCGGAUGCAGAAAGGGUUGAAGAGUGCACGGUAAGCCUGUAAGUAGCAAUUCUAUGCCAAAUAUAUAUAUUUUGAGAAGGCAUUUGUAGUUAGGAAAGAAAAAGAAAAAUAUAACUUGCAACUUACUGGGGAAAACAGAAUAGAAAUCAUGAUAGUUAGAGAAAAUGGAAAAAGUAAUACGUUGGUGCUUUUAAUUUUCGAUGUGAUGGGGAUAUACCCUAGAUAGGUCUUCUUUUUGCGAAAGUAACUGAAGAAACACUUUGUUAAUGAAAAAUGUUUUUCAGGUUC